AUGGGCAUACCACCACCAUCUCCCAAUGCCCAUCAGACAGACACAACCCCAACACCUAGCCCCUCUGAGAGGAAUCUAAAGGCCCAACAGCCCCGAACAGAAGCACGAUUUGAUCCCCCUACGUCCUCCUCUGAGGUACCCAUGGAGGCCCAAUCCCCAAAGGUAGUCCCCUCGCCCCCCCAACCCCCGGACUUGGCCUGCUCAGAGGACCCAAAUUCAGAGACCUCCUCGCCACUCCCUCCCUGUGAUCGCCCUCUGGAGGUCCCACAGAGGAAGCCAUCUGAAGUGGAUGAAGUAUCUGUUGGGCUAACACUCCCCAAAGACUGCCCUGAUGAAGAGCCAGUCAAGUUCCUGUGUUUCCCACCCAACCUGACAGACAUUGUGCAGCCAUGUGGCGUUAAAGGGAACUGCAGUGUCCCAAUGCCAGUCCUGCUGCCCAAGCAACCCAUUAACAAGACAGGAAACAUCAGUGCAGGUGAUGCCGUGUUCAGCACCCAUCCCCGAUCCCACUCUCSCUCAGGUUGCCUAGGUCCAGUUGGUGCUGGUCGGAAGGCUUGGAGGAUUGUCGGGGGGYUGUUAGCAGAGGACAAGUGGGGCUGGCAGAGCAGUUUACACUGGAGAGGGAAACAUGUGUGCGGGGGAGCCAUCGUCACRCCACGUUGGAUCAUUACUGCAGCCCACUGCUUCAUCCAGUACAACAUGUUUCAGGAGUCAGAGUGGCAGGUGGUUGUGGACACGCUCAGUUUGACGGACACAUCAGUGGGCCAACGCUACAGAGCACUGCAGAUCCUCUAUCACCCCAGCUUCUCCAUAAACAACAACGACUAUGACCUUGGGCUACUGCGCACCGUGGCUGACAUAGACAUGGGUGGUGGGGUUCGACCAGUGUGUAUGCCCAGUCCUAGAGAGUCCUUCCUUCCUGGUGCCCCCUGUUGGGUCACUGGCUGGGGCUACACUAAAGAGGGGGGCUCUGUACCGUCUGAGCUGCGACAGGCUCAGGUGCAAGUGAUAGCCCAGUCCAUGUCUUCCCACCCAAAUGUCUAUGGCUCCUACCUCACUCCCAGGAUGCUUUGUGCUGGCACCAUGGAGGGAGGAGUGGACUCAUGCCAGGGAGACAGUGGAGGCCCGCUGGUGUGUGAGACAGGGGAGGGGGACUGGAGGCUGGCUGGGAUAGUGAGCUGGGGAGAUGGCUGUGGUCGGCCCAACAAACCAGGAGUCUACACCAGGGUCACCCAGCUGCUCCCUUGGAUGUACAAAUAUGUAGAGAUGGACACAUUUGAAGAAUCUGGAACCCCAAAAACAAUGAAUUAUACCUCUGACAGCUAGAUUUUAUGAACAGCAAUAUGACCACUUAAUUUCUGCAAAAUAUUAAAGUAUUAUGUAUUUUUGCUUCACAUUCCA